UGGCGUGCGGGGUUUGAUCAGAUUUUGAUGCCAGGCUGCUCGCAUUUUUGACGCCAGCCGCUGGGAGCUGCGUAAAAGGCUGCCCCGGCCGUGCCCUGCAGCCGUUCGGACCCGCCUGCGUCGGAUUUGAGCUGCGCCGCAUCGCUCCGGGGUCUUGUGCAGUGUAUUGCUUCCUACCACACCGUGGAGCACCGGGGAUAAACGUGCCGAAGCGCACCCGUAGUGAUGUGCCGGGACCGCCUCGACCAGUUCUGCGACCGCCACGACGUCGCGCUCCGCGCCGCGCUACUAAUUAUUCCCGUUCUGAUCUACGCCUCGUACAUCGCCUGGGCCGCGGAUAGGUUCGACUUCAUCUGUGGCUCGUUCGGCAACUAUAAGUCAUUUGCGCCGGGCAUCGCCGUCUGGAUGCUGUAUUUUCUCGUGUUGCCGUUGUUCCUCUGGCGCAAGUUCCGACGAAAGCACGGUCCUAUAAUUUGGCUCGUCAUGCUGAUCUUGUGGGAGCUCCAGAUCGUCGUCGCCGUCGUCGACAAGCACGCCCAUGUGGAAAAGCUGUCGUCGCACAAUUUCUGGCGUUUUUUUCAUUACGCCGUCUCCGCUGCAUUACUACUCUUCGGCCCGUUCCAGAUGCAGUGGCUCGCUCCCGACGACUGGAAGCAGCGGUGCCGGCGCGGGCCGCCUAUGUUGGUCGUGGUGUACCUUAUCAUGUUCGUCGUCUACCUCGCGGGGCCGCUGCCCAAGGCGGGGGCGAUAAUCGCCGAGCUCAUCGUCAUGGGGUGCUACCUGUUCGCGCUGCUCGUCGCGCUGCCGGGGCUGCAGAAGCGUCCCGAGGCGCCGCCGGGCGUCGUGUUGCGGCAGAUGGCGUCGGAGGGCGUCUAGUCACGAACGAAAGGAAUUCCCGAACGCCGCCCCAAUCCCUAUCUCACGCCUCGUCGACGCGCCGUAGAGACGCGCCGUGAUCGUUACGUACGAUUUCGAUAUAACUUUUUGCUCGUAUGCUGCGGCGGCGGGAAGAUCGGUCCGAGCCGGGGGGGACUCAAUUGGAAUGAUACACA